ACUAUGCCUGGACAUGCCAAAUCAAACUCGAAAAAGUGCCAGAUUGCUUGCAAAUGCCAUGACCAGCUAAUGGAAAAGGCAGUCAUUGCAUACAAGAAUGAGCUUGUCAAACUACCUGGUGCUCCUCGGAAAGGUGCAAGAAAAAUCUGCAAAGAUUUUGAGGCUGUAUAUCAGAGAGAGACUGGAAAGGAGAUCUCACUUUU